CUAGCCAAGCCAAGCCAGCCAAGCAGCCAAGUUCGCCUUCGCAGCUGGUUGAUUGAUCGCGACCGCCGUUGGCGUAAUCGCCACCAGUGAUUCAUCGGUGUUCUUGAACGAAUAUUUAUCGCUUAAAUGAAUCAACCAACAUAAGCAUCACAAGGCGCAGCAAAGCCUUAAUCGAGCUUCGGCGAUCGACCCAUGUUUCAAUGGAGCGUGAGCGUCAUAGGAUAUGCAUGGUGUCGGACUUCUUCUACCCCAACACGGGAGGGGUGGAGAGCCACAUCUACCAGCUGGCCCAGUGCCUGUUGGCUCGGGGACACAAGGUCUGCAUCAUCACUCACGCCUACGGCGACAGAAAGGGAGUUCGCUACAUGACGUCCGGCCUCAAGGUGUAUUACGUUCCCCUGCUCGUGAUCUACAACCAGUGCACCUUGCCAACUGUCUUUGUGUCAUUUCCACUGAUACGGAACAUCCUGAUCAGGGAGCGCAUCACCGUGGUGCACGGACACUCUGCGUUCUCGGCCCUGGCUCUGGAGUCCAUUCUGCACGCCGCCACCCUCGGCCUACGGGCCGUCUUCACGGACCACUCCCUGUUCGGCUUUGCUGAUGCCAGCGCCAUUAUCACCAACAAGCUUCUCUGCAUCUCUCUCGCCUACGCAAAUCACGUCAUCUGCGUUUCUCACACCGGGAAGGAGAACACGGUGCUGAGGGCCAGCGUUCCUCCGGCCAGGGUGUCGGUCAUUCCAAACGCCGUCGAGACGGCCGUGUUCUACCCCGACCUCGCCAAGAGGCCGUCCAACCAGAUCACCAUUGUAGUUGUGAGUCGGCUCGUCUACCGAAAGGGGGUGGACCUGAUGGCGGGGGUCAUCCCCGUGAUUUGCAGCAGGCACCCCAAUGUACAGUUCAUCAUAGCGGGAGACGGCCCCAAGCGGCUCGUCAUUGAAGAAGUUCGGGAGAGGCAUCGACUUCAGGAGAGGAUCCUCAUGCUCGGUGCUGUCGACCACGUGAGCGUGAGAGAUGUAAUGGUGCUGGGGGACAUCUUCCUCAAUGCCUCUCUGACGGAAGCAUUCUGCAUGGCCAUUGUGGAGGCCUGUGCUUGCGGCCUGCAGGUUGUGAGCACAAGGGUUGGAGGCGUUCCCGAAGUCCUCCCGCCAGACCUUAUCUGGUUGUGUGAUCCCAGUGUUGGAGGACUGCUGGAAGGCCUGGAGAACGCCAUUGAGAACCACCGGCAAGGAAAAGUGGUUCCGGCCGCCGAAGCGCACGCCCGUGUCGCCAAAAUGUACCAGUGGGAGAACGUGGCUCUCCGCACGGAGCGCGUGUACGACGCGAUCUGCCACGAGCCCCCAUUGGAGCUUCAUCGCAGGCUCGACAGGGCGGUUCACUGCGGCUUCCUGUUCGGAAGGUUCGUCAUGGUUAUCAUGCUGAUUCUUCAUGCCAUGAAUUAUGUGCUGUCCUACCUCAAGCCUAACUCACUGAUAGACGAGGCUGUGGAUUUCCCGGCACCACUCCCCAAGGAAGAAUUGAUGACCAACGUCAACAAAAAGAAAAUUCACGAGGUUGGGGCAUCCUGACUGGCCCAAAACUUUAAGCAAUGUUUUUUUAAUUUUUUUUUUUUAGAAGUAUCAAAUGUGUAGUGGGAGCAGGAACAGGUAUAAAAAGAGAAACAUACGGGUCAGACAUUUGUUUAAUUUAAAGCAGCAAUGCAGCAAUUUUAACUAAAAAAUUAUUUGCUGUUCUUGAUUUUUACACUGUUCAUCAUAUCAAAAGGAGUGUAGAAACUGCCUGAUUCUUUCGAAAUAUCACAAUUUUGAGCAAACCAAAGAAUGAGAAUAUUUUGAGAUUUGCAGCCGCGUGUGAGGACCACAGAAACUAAGGCACGACGCCAACCUGGGUGUGUCGUGAGAAGUUGGCUGGAUGUGGCCAUUUUGUGCUCAAUCUAAGGCUAUCUUUGAUAAAUAAUUGUGGACAAAAUUGUACUAUAUUCAGUUUUAGUGGUGCUAUCUGCCCGAGGUGAAGGAAGUCAUUCCUCUCCCUAGUCUCACCCCGUCGCGCUUGUACGUCAGUCCAACUGCCUUACAACGGGGCAAGUGCUUGGCCCCUUCCCACAUUGCUCAGAUCAACCUUCAAGGUCACCAUGUGAGUGGGAGGCACUCUGAAACAGGCUGGCAAAAUUGGUUUUCUCAGUUCUUUACUCCAGACGUGACAGGGAACAACUCCUGCAGUUAUUUCAUUCAAGUCCAUAAAUUGUUGCACGUCCCCUUUAAAGAAGUCUCAAGAGACCUUUUGGCAAAUUACUUUAGCAUCAAAGAGGAUACCGGGAACGUGGGUACACGAGCUGCGCGUGCUAGCAAAAAUCAAAAACAAAUGGCACUUCGCACGUGCAUUCCACAAACGUUUUAUUUUGGUUAUUUACUUCGAAUCUUUUUUUAAGGAAGGCGAGCAUGCGCAGCGAGUGUACCUACAUUCCCAGUGUUUUUUGAUGCUUGGGUAAUUUAGGGAAAGGUCCAUUACUGUACAUAUAGAUAGUGGACAUCAAGAUGACUUAGUGGAGCUUGACAUGGAACCAUUUUUUGUCGCACAUGUUUUCCAGUCUACCCCAGGACUUUAUUUUUCGUAUAUAAAAAAUUAUUUUUUUGCAUAAAGAGACAGCAUUCACAUUGAGACAAAACAUUGAUUUCUUUUAGCCUGUGCAGCUGCUGUUUCAUCUUUUUUCUAUGUUUGUGAUAGAAUCUGGCGCAAAUCUGAUGUUCGUGAGAGAAGCAUGUGCCAACAAAAAUAAAGCAUAAAUCCAUUAA